GGCUGGGUGGGGCCCGGCCCGGCUGCCCGCGGUGCUGAGGCGGGUGGAGCCGCAUUCGGAGGUUUCGGGCUCGGGCGGACCCGGCAGGCGGCGAGGCCGAGGGGGGCUGUGCUCCCGGCUCCGCGAGGGGAGCCUGUGGCGCUCCUGGGAAUUUCCGCCGUGCUCGGGGACCGGUCGGUGUUGGUAUCUCCAUAGCUUCAGGACGGACCGAGGUGUACGGCAGGGCCGGAGGCUUAAAGUAACUUCCAGCGAAGAUGUCGGAGUAUAUCCGGGUGACGGAGGACGAGAACGAUGAGCCCAUCGAAAUCCCGUCGGAGGACGACGGCACGGUUCUGUUGUCCACGGUGACGGCGCAGUUCCCCGGGGCGUGCGGGCUGCGUUACCGGAACCCGGUGUCGCAGUGCAUGCGGGGAGUCCGGCUGGUCGAGGGCAUCCUGCACGCCCCCGAGGCCGGCUGGGGGAACCUCGUAUACGUCGUGAAUUACCCCAAAGAUAAUAAGAGAAAAAUGGAUGAAACCGAUGCGUCAUCAGCUGUGAAAGUGAAGCGAGCAGUACAGAAGACUUCAGAUUUAAUAGUCCUGGGUCUUCCCUGGAAAACCACUGAACAAGACUUAAAGGAAUAUUUCAGUACCUUUGGAGAAGUUCUGAUGGUGCAGGUUAAGAAGGAUAUUAAAACGGGCCAUUCAAAAGGUUUUGGGUUUGUUCGGUUCACGGAUUACGAAACCCAAGUGAAAGUAAUGUCUCAGCGGCACAUGAUCGAUGGAAGAUGGUGUGACUGUAAACUUCCCAACUCUAAGCAAAGUCCGGAUGAACCUUUGCGCAGCAGGAAGGUGUUUGUUGGACGCUGCACUGAGGACAUGACGGCAGAUGAACUCCGACAGUUCUUUGCCCAGUAUGGGGAAGUGGUAGAUGUCUUCAUUCCUAAACCCUUCCGAGCUUUUGCUUUUGUUACAUUUGCAGAUGAUCAGGUUGCCCAGUCUCUUUGUGGAGAGGACUUGAUCAUUAAAGGAAUCAGCGUACAUAUAUCCAAUGCUGAACCUAAGCACAAUAGCAGUAGACAACUAGAGAGAGGUGGAAGAUUUGGUGGUAACCCGGGAGGCUUUGGGAAUCAGGGUGGGUUUGGUAACAGCAGAGGAGGUGGGGGAGGACUGGGCAACAACCAGGGCAGCAACAUGGGCGGGGGUAUGAACUUUGGGGCCUUUAGCAUCAACCCUGCCAUGAUGGCAGCGGCUCAGGCGGCCCUGCAGAGCAGCUGGGGGAUGAUGGGCAUGCUGGCCAGCCAGCAGAACCAGUCAGGGCCCUCGGGAAACAACCAGCCUCAAGGCAACAUGCAGCGGGAACAGAACCAGGGUUUUAGUUCAGGCAACAACUCGUACGGAGGGUCCAACUCGGGGGCAGCGAUAGGCUGGGGCUCGGCCUCAAACACAGGCUCCAGCAGUGGGUUUAAUGGAGGCUUUGGUUCAAGCAUGGAUUCUAAGUCAUCAGGCUGGGGAAUGUAGACACAGUGGGCUCUGAUAGUGACUCUAUGGUGGGAAAUCAAAUUUUUCUAACUCAUGGUAAGUAUACUGUAAAUUACGUAUAUACUAAAGUUUUCCAAAUGAAUUUGUUCAGUGUGCAGUAUAUUCAGCAGUAUUUUUGACAUUUUUCUUUUCUAAAAAAAAAAAAAAAAAAAAAGAAAAAGAAAAGAAAGGUAAAAGGAAUUUUCUAAGUUUUGUUACAUAUCUAGUUGGAAUUCUGAAUGCUUGGAAGUGGACUGCUGUUUGCCUGAUAGGUGAACUAACACUACAGUCGAUAGGAAAGGUUUCUCCUGUAAUACUUUAUCCCUUGUUUCCCGGCUACCUGAAUUCUUUGCAUGUUCAAAAUGGAACCAUUGGUCAGAAACAGCAUUCUCUCCCUCUUGUUUUUAAUUUGAUCCCACCAUAAGACUCUCCAAGCGCCCCGUUGGACAACACAGUGUCGUUUUUGUUUGUGUUCGUUUUUUUCUUAACACUGUCUCCCCUCCAUACUAAAGUACGAUAUGAAGGCUUCAUUUAAUCUCUGCAGUUCAUCUCAUUUCAAAUGUGUAUAGAAGAAGCACUUCAUUGAAAGCAGUGCUGUAAAUAUUCUGCCUUAGGAAUACUUCUGUCUACAUGCUUUCUCAUCCAAGAAUACUUCAUCACACCGCGCAUGCUGCGUCUUAGACGGUGGGUGUUCCAUUUUUAUCCGCUACUCUUUAUUUCAUGGAGUCGUAUCAACGCUGUGAACGCAAGGCUGUGAGAUGGAACCAGAAGGCUGUUUGAACUUUUGAAACCAUGUGUGGGAUUGGUGGUGGUGCCGAGGCAUGAGAGGGCUGGUAUGUGCGAGAUAAAGGAGCGAGCGCAUGCAGAGACCUGGUGGUGCAUUAAUGGGAUUUUAUUUGACUUGGCGAGAUGUCUCUCAAUCCUGUGGCUUUGGUGAGAGAGUGUGCGGAGAGCAAUGAUAGCAGAUAAUGUACGAGUGUUUAUUGCAUUCAAAGGACAUCCACAUGUGGAAGACUUUAAGUGGGCUCUACUUAGUUAAUCAAUUAGUUGAAUGUGUUACGUGAAAUGGAAUAUUUGUAUUUCUUUUCCCUUAUGUCAACUGCUGUGAAUGCUGUAUGGUGUGUGGUUUUUUUUCUGUUAAUGAUCUGUAAGUGUGGUAAUGUGACUUGAAGACGCUGGGGGUUUGUGAUGAGAACAUUGAGCUUGUGGUGUGCUUUGUAAUACCUCUUUUAGCAGAGAUCACUAGAGCUCAGUGUGCCUCUCCAGGGUGGAAGUUCCACUGUCUGUAAGAUACCCAUAAGAAUGCUGUUUGCUGCAGUUUCGUGUUUGGAUGCUUUUUAUAAGAUUUGUCACUGUAGGAAAUUCUUAAAUAAAACUGAUUUAAGUAA